GAAACGGCUCUGUGAGUGAACGACAUCUUCCAAGACAGUAGCGCGCACGCGCGCGUUCUGUUUCUUGCUUCGUGACACCUCGUAUUUCUUAAAGAGGUGGGUGUGUGUGUACCAGCGCUAGCGCGUGCGUUUGUGAUGUCACUGUGACGUGUGAAGACUGGUUCUCUAGUAUACACAUCCCAACACCACCUGCGGCUGUUUUUUGUGGGCUGUUGCCGAAAACCGUCGGAAUUUUUCUCGCACCUCCAACGUGAUUCCGUUUUUUUGCACUUUUGCGAGGAGGUCGCGGCGGACUCACUCCCGACUUGAACGUGUAACCCUUGUUUUCUUUGUUUAUCGUGCCUGUGAUAACGACGUGAACCACUGGUAACACGCCCCUCCUCAACCAUCGUCACCCACCACCCCCUUUAGGCCUGGACGGUCAUGGGGUCAACAGUGGGAUUCGAACUCGCAACCGCGGGAAGACCGACGCGGUGUCGUCGCUUCUUCUUCGUGGUAGUCCUGGCAGUGGCUUCGUCCCUGGCUUCGACGGCCGACUCCUGGCCCGCCCUGGAUUCGACCACGCUGGAUUCUAACGGUGGCGACGCCUCGGAGGCCUCGGUCGUACGCGGGGCUACGGGUCUUCCCGUGGUGUGCGCCUGCGGAGCGGACGUGUCCAAGUGUCCGGCCGGAAGGACGGCCAAGACGCCGAGCCGGUGUCCUCCGUGCGGUCUAGUGUGCGCCCGACACACCGGCGAAGCCUGUUCGAUCGACGAACCGUGCGCCAAGGAUUUCGGCCUCUCCUGCGACCCCGUAUCGUUCACCUGCAAAGGAAAGCUGCUCAUCCAGAAGACGGCGGUGACCCACAAUUCGGUGACGCUGCAAUGGCGGAUGCGACAGUACCCGACCCCGUACCCCGGUGUGUUCUACACGCCACGAUAUGUCGGUUCUGACACCAGGUGGACGAACGCCGAGCCCAACGACCAUUCGGUGACGCUGAAGAAUCUCAGGCCCAACACGGAGUACGUUGUGAGGAUCAUGCAGGACGGAACCCAAGAGAUGAUCGUCGUACGGACGAAAGACAUGCCGACACCCGCUGCGGCCAAGGUGCUAGUCACCCAGGUGACCCCCAGCAGCGUGGGACUGGCUUGGGACGACUUCAAGUUGCCCAGCUACGACUCCGGCUACGUGGUCCAGCACAGGCUGCUGACCAACCGCGACGACACCCCCUGGGAGCGAGAACAGUUCGGCAACAUACCGCUGGCCACCUUGGACAACCUCAAACCCCAGACUGGAUACCAGGUCCAGGUCUCUGUCUGGGACGACAAGGAAGCCGGAAAGCUGGGAGCCACGUCAGAGAUGCUGACCGUUUUUACCAUCGACGGCUGCGUGCGCUACAACCGCACGUACCGCGUGGGCGACGAGUUCACCGAGGGCUGCGAGCUGCGCUGCGUGUGCCGGGGCAACGAUGAAGGCGACUGCAAGGAGCGCUGCCAGGAGCCGUACGUGCGUGCUGGCGCCAUGGCCUCGGACCCGCUGUGCUACGAGAAGACGCUGCCCGACGACCCCUGCUGCGUCAGCGUCCGAUGCGCGCACGGCAAGAACCACCAGCACGGACUGCACCACGACCCCUCGCUGCGGACGUACAGCCAGAAGAACGGCCACUGUCCCGAGAUCGUGGAGGACCAGAGCACGGACCCGGACUCUUGUUCGAACGAGUGCAACAGCGACUUUGAGUGCGCCGGCGUGCUCAAGUGCUGCCCAAGCUCCUGCGGCGGGGCAGUCUGCGUCGAACCCUUCUCGGGAAAAGACCCUUGCGACAACGUGUUCUGCGGACCCAACGCGCUCUGCAUGCUGGAGAACGCUUCGCCCGUAUGCCAGUGUGCGAGCGGCUACAGCGGCGAUCCUAACAACGCUACCACGGGAUGCACUCAAGGAGGUAACGCUGUAGUUCCCAGCGAGAGUUCAUCGUCCAAACCUGACGGCAACAACGACCAGUCGUCGACGCCGUCGCCGCCGCCGCUACCGGAGACGUGCGUCUACAAGAACCGGACGUACCCCGUGAACGAGUACUUCUACGACGGCUGCGGGCUCAAGUGCCACUGCACCGACCAGACCGAAGUGGAGUGCCAACAGCGGUGCCUAUUCACGCUGGAGGAGCCGCCCACGGGCAACCUGGACCCCGGAUGCGAGAUCCUCACCGACCCGCACGACCCGUGCUGCAAGAUCCUGGCCUGCGAGGCCUCGCCCAACGGAACCGUGGCCAUCCAGAACGUCACGGCACCCGUCGUACACGGUUCGGAAGCUGCCGGAAACGAGACUACCUACGCUAAGAACGACGUCGAGGUGACCACUGCCGCGUGGCCUCCCGUGGCCUCAAACACCACUGCCACCGCUGACGAUGAUUCGACGGCGACCACGAUCGUCUACGAGCAGGAGACGGUCACGGAGAAGAUGCUCGUCGACACGGGACUCACCACCAUCGUCAACGUGCUCGAGCCCGGCGAUGCCAACUUCACCGAGAACCCGCUGGGAACGGCCAACGUCACCGCCGCGGGCAACAGCAUCGGAAGCGACGGGACGUCCAACGCAUCUCGCCAAGGCGGUUAUCCCGGCAAGCUUCAUCGUUUCGACGGGUGCGAGUUCCGUGGCAAGGUGUACCAGGGUGGCGAGACCUUCUUCGACGGCUGCGAAGCGCGCUGCACGUGCAGCGGCAAGGGUCACCUGACCUGCCUGCCCCGAUGCAACGUCAUCAGCUCCAGCGGUGGCGACACCUGCAAGGAAGUCGCCGACCCCAACGACGCCUGCUGUCGCGUGCUCGUCUGCAACCCGCCCGGAGACACGCAGGCGCAAUCUAGCGUUGAAGGACUAAAGUUGCUUAUCGAGGUGGCCGAACCUGAAAAUGCUACAGUUGUAAAGAUCCGGUGGACCAUGCUUCACGACAACAAGACGACGCACAUGGCUGGUGACACCAUGAUUCAGAUCUGGUACGCCGUGGUGACGAAAGACGGCAGCCCCGUCCAGUGGAUGAAGCACAAGUACAAGCUGAGCGACAUGCGACCCGUGCCCACCACUUCGUCCUUCGAGAUCCGGCUGGGAGGCCUGCAGUCGGAGACCGAGUACUACAUACGCCUGGUCAAACCUCCGGGCGAGGACGGCGACCCCGAACACUUCGCCACGUCGAGCAACACGGUCAAGGUCAAGACCUUCGCUCCAGCGGUGAGAGCUGCUUUCAACGGUUGCGUGCACCGUAACCGUACGUACGAGUCCGGCCAGGUGUUCUACGACGGAUGCGACCACAAGUGCGUGUGCCACGCCGAGGGACUGAUCGAGUGCCAGGACAGGUGCGAGGUGUACGUGGACACAGUGGGCUACGAGGACUGCCAGUGGGCGCCGGCGCCCGACGACGCCUGCUGCAUGAUACCGUACUGCGACGGGAAGCCACCCGUGCCCAGAAAGCCCAACGACCCGCAGCAGGACGUGUGUCUGGACGAGUCCGGCAAGCCGCACCGUCUGGGCGACGAGUGGGAGACGGGUCAGGGUUGUCUGCGACGCGUCUGCACGUGCGUGCUGCUGGCCAACGGCUCGGCUCUCGCCGAGUGCGUCGGAGGCUGUCCUCCGCUCUCUGUGACCGUCCAGUCUGCCGAGAAGGACUGUCCGCAACCAGUCGUCGUGACGCCAGAGGACCCGUGCCUCUGCCCUUACGUCAUGUGCACCGGUCCGCGCGGCGCGUCUGUGCCGGCUCCACCUCCUAGCACGGCCGUGGCCACUCCCCAGCAGCCCGGUCCGGCCAUGUGCAAGUACAACGGACGCCUGUACAGCGUCAACGAAGAGUUCUACAACGGGUGCCUCGAGGUUUGCCACUGCGGCGCCAACUUGCGCGUCAACUGCGCCAUCAUUGAGUGUCCGCACCACUUCAACCAGCAUUUCAGCGAGUGCCUCGAGUGGGACAUCGACCCGACGUUCCAGCCAUCCCCACCAAAUUGCUGCCCGCCGUCUAAGUGCAAAAAAGAUGGCUCGUGCCUGUUCCACGACGUCAAGUUCCGCAACUUCCAGCAGAUUCCGCAGGAGAUGCUCGACUGCGGCAAGCGCUGCGUCUGCGUCAACGGCAACGUUUCGUGCGAGAACCGCUGCCCGCCCCUGAACAGCUCUCCGCCCCCGACGCUGCCGUGCCACCCGGCUCAGGCGUACCGUGGUCACCUUCCAGGGGACGAGUGCUGCACCCACUGGAUGUGCCGAGAACCAGAGAAGCCCGCGGUGCACUGCCUGUUCCACGGCGAGCGCUACAAGCUGCACGAGGAGUGGGAGGUGGUCAAGGGCUCCGUGCGCCGCCAGUGCACGUGCAAGCUGCGCGCCACUGGCGCCGCCGAGGCCGAGUGCACGUCUUCGUGUCCGCCCAUCCCCGAGCGGUUCCAAAAGCCGAACCCGCAGUGCCCGCGGCCCGUGGUCGUCACGCCCAACGACCCCGGAGUCUGCCCCUACAUUGUCUGUAGUCCUACGCAGCCAGGCAAGGAACUCCAGAACGUGAGCGUGGUAGCCGUGAACUCGACCACGAUUCGGGUCCGCUUCACCCUGGCCAACAUCCUCAUCGGCCUGGUGGGACACGCCGAGCUGCACUUCACCACGGAUCCUCUGACGCCGCGGGAGACCUGGAGCACGCAGAAGUUCGCCAGACCCAAGAGGCUGUUCGACACGGCGAACAUCGAGUACUACCUGUCCAGCUUGCGUCCGGAUACCACGUACUUCUUCCAGAUCCAGAUCAUCAUCGACUCCCUCCAGUCCGGACCGGAGAGCCAGGUCUUCAAGCUCACCAUGCCACCUGAGCCUACGACGACAACUACGGUGCCUCCGCUGCUGCUGCUGGACAUGAUGAUGGCCGUCAAUAGCAUCGAUCCACACACGGCCAAGGUGUCAUGGCGGCCGCUGGACAGCCGCGAGAAGAAGUACGUGGACGGACUGCAGAUUCGAUACAAGAUGAACGGACAGGACCACGCGCCCUGGAAGACCACGCCCAUGAUUCACAGGGACCGGACGUCGUACCUUCUGCAAGACUUGGAGCCCAGCGCAUCGUACCUAAUCGAUAUGCAGUUUGCCGUGCCUGAGGGCCUGCCGACGCGCAUCGAGUCAGCGCAGCACGUCGAAAUGAGGACCGCCCCCAUGCCGAAAGACGAGUACCAGUUCGAGCUGAUCGUGAACGUGAAGAGGACGGAGCAGUACUCUGCCUCGCUCGUGCUGGACGGCAUACCGGAUCCCAUCACCAAGUACGUGCACGUCUUCAACGUCAUGUACAAGAGCGAGGCGGCCGCCGAGCACGUGCAGCGAUUCAUGAUCCUCAAGGAGCCCAAGAUCUUGCUGGAAGACCUCAAGCCCGGGACGAGGUACAAGGUGUGGGUGGAUGCGUACCUCACCAACGGCAAGACUACGACGUCCAACAUCCUCGACUUCCACACCAAGCCGGGUCCCCCGCCCACGACGACCACCACGACCACUACGAGCACGACGACCGAGUCGAACGAGAUCGAAGACAGCAAAGCCGUGGCCCUGCACAGCGUGCGCCAGGACAACAGCACGGCCGAGGCGUACUACAUUGCCCUCAUCGUGGUCGCCAUAGUGGCCGCCGUGGCCGGACUCGCCUUCGCCGUGGUGCUCGUGCUGCUCCUUCGGAGGCAGUCGACGGCCAAGGCGCCCAUCACCAGGAACCCGUCCGAGUCUGCGUACGACAACCCGACCUACAAGACUUACGACGGCGAAAAGCCCGAAGAGAAGAACGGAAACGUGCAAGCAUGAUUGCGCAACUAGAAACAUAGUCUUUUACGCUGAGCGUUAUUGUAAUAUAGCACUAGUACAUAUAUAAAUAUUUACUAUAAUGUUCAUAAUUUCCCUCUCCCCCCUGACACAUGAUUGUACAUACGAUGACAGCGAGAAUGACGCCACGAGUAUUCUCGCCUUUUCGCAUAAAUGAAGCACACAACUAACGAAAAGGGCUGACCCAUGUUGCAGCUGGAGUCUUUCUUUUUUUAUGUAGUUAGGACAACAAGAGAUGUAGUCCUUGGCAGUUGUUUGGACAACAUUGCGCGAAGCCCGUGUGCGUGAACUGAAACCAGCUAACUUGAUAUGUGUCAUGAAAGUGACAUCGGUCAUGAUAUGCGUCAUGAAAGUGACACGCUUCUUGAUAUGCGUUGUGCAAGUCACAUAAGCCACAAUCUGUGAACGAAAGUGACGUGUCGUAAUGUGUCAUGUUUCAUGUGUCGAAAACGUAGCACCGACCUGACACGAUAUGCGUCAUAAAUAAAUGACGUGUCAUGAUACGUGACAUAUGAUGUCAACUGGCGCCAGAUAUAUUCAGACUAGUUUUUGACAACAAUUGUGUUACAGAUUUGCACCGUAAAACCACGCCAACUGAGUGCCUGUUUUACGAGAUUCAUUAAGAAUCCCAUUUAGGGUGUGUUGUAGGUUUUUUAAGAGUGUAUCGAACGAUUUUUUGUUUAGUCAUAGGUGUUAAGGGAUGUUUUUUCCCCCUUUGAGACAAUAUUUCCAAAUGUUUGCCUUCUUUCAACAAAUAUCUGUGACUUUCUCUCAACCAGUGCGUACAAAAUGUGCAUGCCGAAGUGUUAAACCUGACUGUUGCCUGCUUAAGACAACGAACACUGUUAGACGGCAAUUGUGUAAGCGCACAACGUCUUUCUUAGUCGUUUUUUUACGCCGGCGUUCCGCGCAAUGUGACCAGUGACGUCACUGCCACGUGGCUCGCAGGCGCUUGCUGUAGGCACUAACCCGAUUGCUUUAAGCCGGCCUUCCAGACGAAACGAAGUUUGCCACGACGAAGCAAGUUUUGCUGUGUGGCGAUUGUGAACACGUGCAUGUUGUACGUGAUGCUUUACUACAGCUUUCAUACACUUCUGUAAGCGGCAACGACCAAUCAAUGGUCUUGGUUUUGACGCAGUAAAUGUCAAUUUUGUAAGAGCUGCGAUAUCUGAGAACUUUUCAAAAUACUUUUGUACAUAAAGACCUCCCAUCCUAAACUUUUUUUUUUUUUUAUGAACUAGCAUGUAGUGCCGGUGUUCUUCCAUGAAUAGCAAGUGAAAGAUCAUUCUUGCAUCUGCUUAAGUGUACCUUGUUUCUGCAGGCCUCAGCGUUACGGAAAAGGCUCACGAAUAGGCACCUCUUAUUUUACUGCACGCUACAGUUUAGCUUAAUCGACAAAUAGAAUAAGCCCUGCCCAACUCGUGUGUUCUGUUUUUAAGAUCCAGAAUGAAGCCCUACCGAGGCUUACAUAUCAGACACCGGUGAAUUUUGUACACUGCCAAUUGCAAGCUACUUCACAAGAAGCGUGUGUGACUCUUCCAUCCAUCAUUGCGACCGCAUCGACAAGACAUGUCUGUCUUAUCAGACGCCUAACGUUUCAUGUAAAUGUGAAAAGGAAUUUAUCGUCCUUUUGGCUGCCAUUUACUUUUCGUAUCUUUUGAGUACUUCUAACACUGCUUAAAUGAAACGAGUGUUAAAAUAUUAUACGAAGAUGUGUCCCUUGUUCCUUCGUGACUACCAGUUUAGUUUUAUUUUGCGAACAAGCCAAGCCAAGCCAAGCUUGGGCUCUCGUUGUAAUGCCAUACGGAAUGUGUGUAGGACUACGUUGAGUUCGUGUGCUGUGACCUGUUUGACAUUCCGCGUGUUGAAUGUGUGUCUGCUUUUCACUUAGUUUUUUGCAUUGUUCUUCUUCCGCUUACGAACAGAGGAUGUUUCCUUAUUAGUCUAUUUUUUGUUUUAGUUUUGUUAAGUGGCGAGCCAUAUUGACUCAGCCCGUUGUGCAUACGUGGAGAUCUGUUCUUUCCAGCCUUGAGGACGAAUGAAGUGUGCGUGUAUCUGUGAGUUGUGACUGUACAUACGAAAAAUGUUAUCAAAGUUAUCAGAGAGCAAAGAAGAGUGCAUGCCAUCACGUGUCUUUUUCUUGAGAGAGAAAUGUACAUGUGCUGGAUGUGUACAAUAAAUCUAUUCUGUGAAGAA